ACAACAACAACAAUAUCCACUUGAGUCAAGCUGAGGACUAUGGACUUGCUUAGGACUAUCCAGUGACCAUGAUAUCAGCAGGCGAUCGGAGAAGGGAAACUGACUUUUAUAGCCUAAGUCUGAGGAUGAAACUCGUUACCAGAACUUGAGCCUUCUGCUUCAGUUAUUCACUCAGACCAGAUACAUAGCAGUACUAUGCGAGUGAAUCUAAAUAGCACUGAAUGAAUUAUGACAUUUUAAUCUCAACAUUUACUCAAUUUAAUUUUUCAUUAACUCUUCCGUUUCUGUUAUGCUAUUAGCGAAUAUUUUUUUAAAUGACAAAAUAUCCUGUUCAAACCCCUACUUCUACCUUCCGGUAGAGGUAUUAUUCAUACAAUCCCAUGAUGUUGAAAAUGAAAUAUGUUCCCGACUUUUCAUCACCAUUUUUGGACAACCACCUUUCUCUGCUAAUUAAACUCCUAAAUGCUUUUCCACAUGGUUAGAGAACUUGGAAAGAGAGUCAAAAUUCUUUAAUCCAUUAAAAAUGGUUAUUACAGAGCUGUUAUUAGGAUCAAAUUAACAAUGUAUGCUGUAUUUGAAAAGCUUAUGGCUGUGUUAUGAACAACAACUGAUUUCUACAUUUACCUCAACAUUAAGAGUAGUUUACCUUUUUUGCUCCGCAGAUAUCGUCUAUCUUGGCUGUUAAAUCCUUCAAACUUAGUGAUUCCAGUUUCAAUAAAAAUGACUUAUUUUAGAUUCCUUGUGGUUUUAUAGAACAUACUUUACAAAAUGAAGAUUAAGGUCAGUCAGAAGGGUGAUGUGGCAAAGAAUGCUGUGGAUUUGGAGACAACUCAGCAACUACUAGAAACAACAAAAUACAAGAAAGGGUUUUUCAGAAGGUCUACAGAAUAUUGCAUGGACCAUUGGCUGAUACUCCUACUGAUGCUUGGUGUUAGCAUAUUUAUGUAUUUUGUAAUGUGUCACAUUACCUUAUAUAUGUAUGCCCAGUACAGGAGAGGACCUCAUAUUUUUUAUGAGAGUAAGGAUGGAAAUUUGUACCACAUUCAUUUCUCCUGGCGAAAUUGUGGCAGUAAGGAUGACCCAAUGCAGCUGAGUAGUCUAGAAGUAUUGCCAGAUCCUGUUAUUCUAGACAAGAAUAUUACUAUUGAUCUGAUCUCCACGUUAGGAAUUGAUAUUGAUGCAGAUCAUCCUUUAAGUGCUGACAUUACACUAGAACGAUAUGUUGGUUUCAUGUGGGUGGAGAUUCCUUGCAUAGCAGAGGUUGGAUCAUGUUUCUAUGAAGAUGUUUGCAAAGUCAUACCUUUUACCCCAGACGAGCCUUGCCCUGAUCCAUUCCCACGGUUUGAUGUCCCUUGCCACUGUCCUAUAAAACAUGGAGUGUACAACAUAAGAAAUGGGACAUUUAAUUUGUCAGUAAUCUUAGAGAUGUUUCCUCUACCCCACUGGUUGGUGUCAGGAGAUUAUUAUGGAAAAGUUAUUGCAUCUCAACAUGGGAAGCAGAUGGGAUGUUAUGAGGUUUACACAUCAGUGAGAAGUUAAAUUGUGAAACCUCUAAACCAGUAUGGUCUCAAGUAUAUUUUAUUACAACAGUCAAAAUAUAAUCAACUUGUUGAUGGACAGUGAAGACAAAUUCUCAUCUUUCAUGUAUUACUUGGUUACUUACAGGUUUCAAAUAUAUACAUAUUUUAUUGCAACAAUCAAAAUAUAAUUCAAUUAUUUGUGGACAGUGAAGAUAAAUUGUGUGUGGUGGAAUUUUAACCAAUGUUAAUAAUUACUAUUUUUAUUCAAAUAUUACAGUUACUGUACUACAGUACUAGUUUGUUCUGUUGACUCAAGUUUCCUUAAUCACUUGUAGCAGAGACUUUAUAUAUAUUAUUUUUAUAUAAUUCACUAUUUUUCCAUUACAUAUUGGAAAUAAUUUAAAGAUGAAUCACUAUAUUGAUCACAGAAUUGAAUAUCAGCAUGCAACUGUCGGGAUGGUUAUUUUUCAUAGUUUUUUAUUUUCAAAAUAGUUUUGACUGCAGAUGUUGCAAAAUCUUUCAAUUCUUGAGCAGAUGAGCUCAAGUGCCGUAUGUUCUUUAGUACAAUAACAGCCAUAAUUAAUAUUAUAAAUUGUAGUUUGGUAGUACCUUCCAUCCUUUUGAAGUUAUGUAUAGUGUACAACUUUGCUUUGGUGCUCAUAUAUCGUAAGGGGGCUUUCAGGGAAUUAAAAAUUAAUUGACUGGUGCAGAUGAACACAAAACACCUUAGAUUGUAAAUUAACAUAGUGGUUAGUUGAAGCACAGCUCAGCUAUAUUUAAUAACAGAAAAAUUCUGUACAGCAUUUUACUUACAAUGAUAAAUUAGUAGCUGCUGUACUAUAUGAGUAGUCUAAUAACUUACUACAGGCUCCCAUUAGUAAAUAACAAAUUAAAUACAUAUAAAAUCCCAUGACAAGCAGCUUGCAUGGAUUGAAAUGCAAUUCUUAUAAACCAAGAACAGUAUUUUGAAUAUCUGCCAUUUCAUUUGUUUAUCGCAAUUUGCACCAGUAAUUUUGCAAUUCUUUCAUCUGUCUGUAUUUUAGAUAUAAAUCAUCAUGUAAAGAUCGAGUUAUAUGGUUGUGAGUGUAACCGCCUCCAUAGAAAAAUCCAUUAGGGAUGGUGACUGUAAUCAUUCUAAAGUCCAAAGAAGGUGAAGCUGAUCUGAAGUGUAGUUAUUUGUAAGAGAAAGAGAUAAAGUAUAUUGUUGCAUUUGAAAUUUUGCAAGUCAUUCCAUAAUAUGCAAGAAACAGGUUUAAGAAAUAGAAAUUUGUUAUCUAGUAAUUCUUGUAUUUUUGUGAAAUGUAGAGUAGUUUAAUCCUGUUGCUUUUUAUGCUUUGAGAAACGAAGCAUUUCACGUAAUUCUUUAUGUAAUCUUGGUUCUCAAUAUAUAUCAAUGAGCAAAGUAAUACUAAUUUCAAAUGCCCGUGAGCUGUAGCAUGUGAAAUUGUCUUUCGUAAAUAUCCCUACCAGUAGAGAUGUUAACCACAACAAACAGUGAUGUAAGCUAAUAUAGAACAAUAGCAUUGCAUUUAUUAAGAGCAAAGUAGUGAAAAAAUUAUUAAUGCUUGUACAUUUGUAUGGAGGACCAAGAAUUGUAAAAGCUGUGUGAAGUUCAGUUACACCACAAACCACAUGUAUUAGCUGUGUAAUUGUGUUCAUUUUUCAGUUUUAAAAAAUUUUACUUUAACCUUAUCUUCUGGAUGUUUUAGCAUAUUUUCAAGCAACAUUUUGUUGACUCACUUUUGUACUGAUACUAACAUCAAGCCAGAAGAGGGAGGACGCAAGGAUUGUGCUCUUAAGUAAAUUAUUGAAUUUUCCAGUUAUUCCAGUUAGCUGUUGUAUACUCAACAUAAUCAUUCUCACUAUACUCUGUUUUUUUCCAUCUGUCCAUCCGCCUGUGGUGGUCGCGCAUGGUAACACUGCGUCCCGGGCUUUAAAUAUUUACGCUAUGUCUAAGUUUUAUGUAAAUAAAAGGAUAUCUGGGUUACAUUUGCAACUCAAAGUGUUUUAAUAAUUUGCUGUAUGCGAAUUACACCAUUAAUAUUCGAAAUAGGAUAUUAUUAUUAUUGUUGAGUGUAAGCUGAAUGUAACUAUCUAAAGCCCGGGACGCAGUGUUACUAUACGCAAACACCACAGGCUGAUGGACAGAUGGAAAAAAACCAAGUAUAGUAAUAUUUACUCAUGUCUGCUUUCUCACAUUAGAAAUGUAUACAGUACUGUACAACUUGGGCAUACUUGUAUGCUUAAGUUGUAAUUAGUCUUUCCCUCUUUUAGCAUAUUCCUUGUUUUAGUUUUCACAAAUCGCUAUUUAUGUGCACAUUGUAUAAAAUGUAUGAUUGUUUGCAUUAUUAUUAUAGCACAGGCUUAAUUAUUUCAUAUUAAUAUAUAUAAUUUUAUAAUGGCAGUGCACUCAUGUCAUAUUAUUAUGAAAUUUAUGUCCAAGUAACAGGAAAUCUUGUGAUAAAUUAGGUCUUCCACAGAGAAUGCAUCCAGAUUUUUAUCUGGCAGGGACCAUGCUCAAUAUAAUUGUAAUUUUUACAUACUGAUUCCUUUCCAUGUUCUUUGUGCCUACAAUAUGCCAAAACAUAGCCAAAUUCUUGGCAGUUAAAACUUCUGGGUUUGCUCAACUCUUAAAGGACACCAGGCUGCUCAGAUUACUUCACAAAGCCUUAUUAUAGCAAAUGUUAAAAUGAAAACCUUGUAAAGAGAAAAGAUGCCUUCAAUUUUUUUCUUCAUUCUUUAUAACUUUUCAAAAUGAAAAAUAUUUUUAUUAAGUAUUAUUGUCCAGGGUUUCUAUCACCUUCCACAUAUAAGCAGCAAAUGUAACUAUAGUAGUACUUAAUUUUACUUGCACAUGUGUAUUUGCUUAAGUGUCAUCUUAAGGUUCCAGUGGAAUACAUGUUAGACUUGAGUUGAUCAGUGAGUUUUGUGUUCUUUAAGUUCAUUAUUUACCGAGGAAAAUAUACAUUUUGCAUUCCCUAAGAAAAAAGUGUUAUCAUAAGGAUUUUAGCGAGGGUUUGGCCUUUGUUAUUUUAUUUUUCAAAUGAGUUCAUUAGCAGUGUAUUUUUAAAGGCUGAGUAUAGUAUAAGGCCUUUGAAUUUUGAGGAACAGUAUAUAAAGAGACCCUUGAUAUAAUUUGCUAUCAUUGACAAUGCUGUUGUUUGUCUCUGAUUAAAUACACUUGUUUGUGAAUGUUUGCUCAAUAUUUUCAUUAUUUAUUUACCCUUUAAAUUUUUUUCCUGGAACAGUUUCAUUUGACUUAUCUCUUCAUAUUUUGUCUUCUAGGUUAGUAGUGCACUGUCAUUUGAGAAUCUAAUUACAAUACUUCGAUCAACUUCAUGUUAAUAUUCAGUAGGUUUUCUUGUGCUUCUGCAUGUCGAUUUCCGAAAUUUAAUAGUUUCUGUGCUUUUAUGGUUGUCUUUUGGUUAUAGCUUAUUUUUGUAAGUUGUCCAUUUCCUUUAAUUUUGACAAAAUUUUCUUUUUAAAGACCUUAUUAUCAUUUAUUAGAUGGAUAGAGGAGUAUUGUAAAUUAUAACUUAUUCGCAUGAAGUGCUGAUUUUUAUCAUUUAACAGUUAAAAUGUAAUUGGUUUUGUACUGUGAAAUAUCUUAUACAUUCUGAUGAAUUACUUGUCCAAUUUUUUUGGCUUGUGAAUUUAAAAUUCUCAGGGUAUUUAUAUCUAAAUCUUCUUCAAGUAAUUGGCUGUGAGGUUUUGAAGCUCUAAAUCUUCUCUACAAGGAGGAUAAGCUUUUAUAGGUAUAUUUAAUUAUUACAGUAGUAGAUUAUCACUAUGUUACACUCCACUUUGGUGCAUGGUUAUUCAGUAUUUAAAGGAAAUUUUAACCAAAUAAACUGCAAUCCCUACAAUUGACAGAAAUAUUAGUACUACCAGGUUUUAUAUAAAAAAAACUUUUCUUAGAAACCCAUUAGUUAACUAGAUGUCUUAUUUUCAUGCCAAAAAUCCUAGGCCCACUAUCAUAAGUGUCCAAGAAAAAGUCCUCUGUGCAUGCAUAAUACAUCCCUCUCAUUCCUUCAUGAGUUAAGGAAAAUGGUGAAAAUUAGAAUAAGCUUUAGAGGUGACUUAACUGAGCCAGUUGGAAAUAGUGUUUUAGAAAGUUACAGUACUUUGUUCACUGGCCCAUGGCAAGGAAAAGUCUUGUAAAAGAACUGAGAGUAACAGAUCUACAAUACAGAACACAUUAGACAGUAGCAUAGACCGUAGAUAAACAGAAGCUGGCCUGCUAACAUGACAAAGGUAGGUUCUCAAAGAAAAUUCAAAACUAUUUUUUUUAGAAUUGAAAAUUAUACCUGGAGGCAGAAGAUGCAAGGCUUUAAAACAAGAUAUAAAGAGCAGACUCCAGAACAGAAUCAACCAUAGUGUUGGCUAAAAAGACAAGUAAUGAAAAUAUAAAAGUACAAAUGAAUAUUGAUCACAAUCCUGGAAAUGGAUCUUGUGACAAAGGAAUGAGAGGAGUAUGUUGGUAUCUCAGGAGCAUGUACAGCGCAGGUUUUUUUAUUCCUUGGACCCGAAUUUUUCAGCUACAAAAUAUUAAUCUACAAGAAUAACAGUUGUACUGAAACUUAUUUUAUCAUGUUAUAAUGUACACCAAAUCCAUAGAAGUGUAGUAUAUGUUAACACCUUUCUUUGAAAAAAAUGUACUAAAGAGAUAUUGAGAAACAACAGAGAAACUGAAAAAGAUAACCAAGCAGGCUCCUGAAAAUCCUUUAGUACAUUUAAAAUGGUAUUUUAACAGGUACAUCACACUGACUUGGUUAACCCAUUGUAGUAACUCAUGAGAUUAUGAUAUUUUUGGUAAUACUGUACUUUUAAUGCCAAAUAAUGUGGAGGUUUUGUAUUUUGUCAAUACUAUAGUAUAUCUGUACAGCUAGUUAUGAUAUGUUGGUCAUAUGGUUCAAAAUUCAAUGUAAUUUGUUAACACAAAAGGGUUGUUUUAUUUAAUACUUGUUGAAAACCUCAAUUUAGGGGAGUUAAAAGUAGUGUUAAAUUUGUAGUCUCAUUACAGCUAAAUUUCAAGUAUUUUUAGAUAGUUGUAAAUAAAUGAAAACCAUUAUAUUAAGUGGAACUGUGAUCUAUUUUUUAAAGUUUGAUGUUCAGGUAUUUUUAUAAAAAGUAUAAUACAAUAUUUGCUAGGUUGUGCAAUUGGAUUCCAGUGUUACAUGGAAUAAUAAAUUGUUAAGCAAUACGUUUUAUAAAGGAUUUUUAUUAGAAUCUUCACAGUAGUGUAUUUUGUCAGUGUAUUAGUAUGUAGUGUAAUAUUUUAAAUAAAUGUUUAAUAUUA